AUGGAUUUCAGGAAAUCCUUCAAAGUAAGGAGCUACAAACAGAUUAGAAACAGCGAAGGAGACCAGAACGAAAACAGCUCCGAGAAGCUCCCAAUCCUCCACCAGGAUCCCGCCCGCCGCAGAAACCACCGGUUCUGGCAACAGCGAACGGAAACCACCACCGGUGUGGACCCCACCAUCGUGAAUCGCCGGAGCCCCGAAGGGAGCCGCAGUUUCGAUUUCACGAGCCAGGGAAGACCGAGCAACAACAGUGGCGAGAUCGCCCUCGACGUGGAGCAGGAGCAGGACACGGCCGAGGAGCAGAGCAGUCAAGCAGCCACCGCAGCCGAGGUGGUGCCAGCAUCGGAGAGGAGCUCCAUGGCACGGGCUCCCGACAAGGAGCAGCGUGCCCGAAGGUCGGGGAUCAAUCUGGAAGGGUGGAAUCCGUCUUCCUGCUCUCUGUCUUCCUCAGCCACGACGAUACGGACGAACAUGAUGGAGCAGGACGAGGUCGUGAGAUGCACGUCGAACAUGUCGUCUAGGAGGAGAUCGGAUCUGUUGUCUAGGGCUAAGCCAAGAUCACGGCUGCAGGAUCCACCGCCGCAAAGAGAUGAAGAUCGGAGGAACUCCGGUUGGAUAGGGAGAUCGGACCAGCUCCCGUCCGGGUUUCUAGGAAAAACUUCAGAAGAGGAAGAGGACGAUCCGUUAGCUGACGAGGAUGUCCCGGAAGAGUACAAGAACGGGAAACUGGACGCGCUAACGGUGCUCGAAUGGAUGAGCUUGGUCACCAUUGUAGCUGCAUUGGGUUGUAGCUUAUCGAUUCAGUCAUGGAAGAAGGUGACUCUCUGGCGGCUUCACCUGUGGAAAUGGGAGGUGUUCUUGCUGGUUCUCAUCUGCGGGAGGCUGCUUUCGGGUUGGGGUAUCCGUAUCGUCGUCUUCUUCAUCGAGAGGAACUUCCUUCUGAGGAAGAGGGUUCUGUACUUUGUGUACGGACUCCGCAGAGGCGUUCGGAACUGCAUCUGGCUAGGGCUAGUUCUUCUCGCUUGGCUUUUCUUGUUCGACAAGAAAGUACAGCGCGAGACCAAGAGCAAGUUCCUCCCGUACGUGACCAAGAUCUUGGUCUGCUUCUUGGUCGGAAACUUCUUGUGGCUGAUCAAGACCCUGGUCGUGAAAGUUCUGGCCUCGUCCUUCCACGUCAGCACCUACUUCGACAGGAUCCAGGAAGCCUUGUUCAACCAGUACGUGAUCGAGACGUUGUCAGGUCCUCCGAUGAUCGAGAUGAGCAGAAUAGGCGAGGAGGAAGAGCGUGCGCAGGAAGAGAUGUACAAGAUGCAGAGUGCCGGGGCAAAUCUACCACCCGAGCUUUGCGCAGCCGCUUUCCCGCCAGAAAAGAACGGGGCGGUGACGAUGGCAAACCCUAAGGUUUCACCGAUGAUGGCGAACCCUAAGGUUUCUCCGAUGAUGGCGAACCCUAAGGUUUCGCCGAUGAUGGCGAAUCCUAAGGUUUCGCCGAUGAUCUCAAAGGCGGGAAGUGACAACGGGAUCACGAUCGAUCACCUGCACAGGAUGAACAACAAGAACGUCUCGGCAUGGAACAUGAAGAGGCUAAUGAAGAUCGUUAGGAAGGCUUCUCUUACCACUUUGGACGAGCAAGCGAUCGACAACUCUUACGAAGACGAAUACUCGAAGCAGAUUCGGACCGAGAAAGAAGCUAAAGCAGCUGCAAGGAAGAUUUUCAAGAACGUGGCUCAACGUGGAGCCAAGCAUAUUUACCUGGAGGAUCUGAUGAGAUUUUUGCGGGAAGACGAGUCUUUGAAGACGAUGAGCCUCUUCGAAGGAGGACCCGAAACCAAAAGGAUUAGCAAAACGGCUUUAAAGAACUGGCUGGUAAAUGCUUUCAGAGAGCGAAGAGCUCUUGCCCUGACGCUGAAUGACACAAAGACAGCGGUAAACAAGCUCCAUCAGAUGGUCAAGAUUCUCGCCGCCAUUGUCAUAUCAGUCAUAUGGCUUAUCCUUCUCGAGAUCGCCUCCUCGAGGUUUCUUCUCUUCCUAGGCUCGCAAGUUGUGCUCUCGGCCUUCAUGUUCGGGAAUACUGCGAAGACUAUAUUCGAAUCCAUCAUCUUCUUGUUCAUCGUCCACCCGUACGAUGUCGGUGAUCGGUGCGAGAUUGACGGAAUUCAGAUGGUGGUGGAGGAGAUGAACAUUUUGACAACUCUGUUCUUGAAGGAUGACAAACUGAAGGUUCUGUAUCCGAACAGCGUUCUCUGGCAGAGAUCGAUCAGCAAUUACUACCGCAGCCCGGAAAUGGGAGACGCAGUCGAAUUCUGCGUCCACAUUGCAACUCCUGCCGAAAAGAUCGCAGCCAUUAGACAGAGAAUAUCAAAUUACAUCGACAGCAAUCCAGAGCAUUGGUGCCCAUCUGCCAUGAUCAUCGUAAAGGACAUGGAAAACUUGACGAUGGUGAGGAUAGCGAUAUGGCCGUCUCACAAAAUCAAUCACCAGGAUAUGGGUGAGAAGUUCAAAAGGCGGGGAGCCUUAGUCGAGGAACUUAUCAAGAUCCUCGUUGAACUCGACAUUCAGUACCGGCUUCAUCCACUCGACAUCAACGUCAGAACAAUGCCAACAGUUGUCUCGAACAGAGUUCCUCCCGACUGGUCACAGAACCCUGCCUGAGUGUCGGCAAGUCAGCAAUUUUUCUAUAACGGGUAAUCUAAGUUCUGCAUCACAGUUUUUUUGUUUCCUUGUCUGCAGAGUCUUUAGAUUAACCAAUAACCAUAACCACAAUACAGAUUCAGUACUUAAAAAUGGGAUUUCAAGUAAGAAAAUUCCAGCUUUCAGAUAAUUAAUUAUUUCUUUCUACUUCCAGUAUAUUGAACUUGCAACUUGUGGCUGAUAUGAAGUAUUUUCACUAGGUAGGAGUACCGGUAUCCAUCAACAUCCAAGAUCAUCAUCGUAAAAGGCUAUCGAGCUGAUACACAUUUACUCACUAGAUAAGGUAAGAAAGAACUGACCCUGAGAGAUUCAUUGGCGUUGAAGCUAACAACAGUUCUCUGACAGGCCGAUAACCCGUUAUUACCAGGAAACAGUGUAAGAAACUGAUGGAGCUUGGAACUGCUGCAACACAAAUCAACUGAAAUAGAGGGCAACAAAGAAGAACCUGGAGAAUGUAAUACGUAAAAACAGAGUUGUAUAACUGAUCUUGAUCAAUUUGUAUGUAAACCCGAUUCGCAGAAAAUGAAAAGAGAUCCCUGUGUUUGACCGAGGUACACCUCC